CAGUAGGAGAAGGCAGCCGGCUGCUCAAGGGCCCCACACUAGGUCGGUGGGCCAGCCUCAGCUAGUAGGCCCAGGUCUCCUGGAGAUCCUCCCAUCCCACGGCUGCUGCCACUGUACAGACGCGCUCCCUCUUCAAGGUCUAGACACAACUCAAGCUUGGGCAUCCCAGCUCCUGGCCAGCAGCAGCCAUGAACUAUGUGGGGCAGCUGGCAGAGACGGUGUUUGGAACAGUUAAGGAACUAUACAGGGGCCUAAACCCCGCCACGUUGAGUGGCGGCAUCGAUGUGCUGGUGGUGAAGCAGACAGAUGGCUCCUUCCGAUGCUCACCCUUCCAUGUCCGGUUCGGCAAGCUGGGGGUCCUGCGGUCACGGGAGAAGGUGGUGGACAUUGAAAUCAAUGGAGAGCCAGUGGACUUGCACAUGAAGCUGGGGGACAGUGGCGAGGCCUUCUUUGUCCAGGAGCUGGACAGUGAUGAGGAAGAUGUGCCUCCUCGCCUGGUUACCUCACCCAUCCCCUGGGGAGGCCUGUCAGGCUUUCCCUCAGACUCCCAACUGGGCACAGCCAGUGAGCCUGAGGGCCUCGUCAUCACUGGGCGGAAAAAGAGGCGGCGCAGGAGGAAACCCAGGCGCAGGGAGGAUGCUGUGGACUCCAGUUCUGAGGAGUUGGAGGCAGGUGCUGAGAGUGAGCUGCCCUUGCCAGAAAAGCCAACACCAGAGUCCCCAAGGGCUCAGGAGGAAGAGGAGUCCUCAUUGCAGCCUAAGGAUAUCUACCCUUACUCUGAUGGCGAGUGUACCCCGCAGGCCAACCUUUCAUCAGGUGACCUAAUGUCCCCUAAGAGUGACUCUGAGCUGGAGCUGCGGUCCUUGGAGCCUAGUCCCCUGAGAGCUGAAUCUCACAUGCAGUGGGCCUGGGGGAGACUGCCUAAGGUGGCGAAAGCUGAGCGGCUUGAGUUGUCUAUGGUCCUUGACAGUAUGGCCGAGGCAAUCUCUGCUCUUCCCGGACAACCUGAACCUGGCAUUUCUUCUUCUUCCUCCUCCGUGGCUGGUAUGGACCCUUUGAGACUCCCACUGCUGCACCCAGCAGCCGGGGCUGAUACAGUGCAUCCUGAUGUAGAGACACAUUGUGAGAGGGCUCUAGUGGAUUCUCCUCUUGCUGCCCCAGAGAGUAAGGAAACCAAGACUCAGAAUUCUAGGGGUACAGUCCACCCUCCUGCCACUAAAUCAUGGAGCUGGGCCACUCUGGAGAGCCACAUUACCUCUGGGCAUCCAGAAGUCUCCAAGGGAAAAGGUUCCCUGAAGAGAAACCACCACCUGGGGCCCAGUGACAUCUACCUGGAUGAUCUACCCUCCUUGGACUCUGAGAACGCAGCCCUUUAUUUCCCCCAGAGUGAUAGUGGGAUGGGGGCCAGGAGGUGGAGUGAGCCCAGUAACCGGAAACUCCUGGAGAAUCCCAACCCCGAGCACAUAGCAGAACCCACUCUGGACUCAGUGGACAGAAUAGCGUUGUCCCUCUGUGGUGGACUGGCUGACACCCGAGACAUCUCCCCGGAGAAGUUCAGCCAGCACAUGGUCUCCUAUGAGGAUCUCACUAAAAAUCCCGGGCUUCUGGAUGACCCAAACCUCGUGGUGAAAAUCAAUGAGAAGCAUUAUAACUGGGCUGUGGCUGCUCCCAUGAUCCUUUCUCUGCAAGCCUUCCAGAGGAACUUACCUGAGAGCACUGUGGACAAACUUGAGAAAGAGAAGAUGCCCCGGAAGGGUGGGCGAUGGUGGUUUUCCUGGAGACGCAGGGACUUCUCAGCUCAGGAGCACACUGCCCAGAGGGAGAAAACCACAACCAGGAAGCAGCAGGGAGAGAAGACAGAAGUCCUAAGCAGUGAUGAUGAUGCCCCAGACAGCCCUGUGAUCCUUGAAGUCCCCCCACUGCCACCUGCCACUCCAGGCUACAUCCCUACCUACAAGAAGUCCCUUCGUCUGUCUUCUGAUCAGAUCCGAUGUCUGAACCUGCAUGAAGGAGCUAACGAUGUGGUCUUCAGUGUGACUACCCAGUACCAAGGCACCUGCCGUUGCAAAGCCACCAUCUACCUGUGGAACUGGGAUGACAGGGUGGUCAUCUCUGACAUUGAUGGCACCAUCACCAAGUCGGAUGCUCUGGGCCACAUUCUGCCCCAGCUGGGGAAAGACUGGACACAUCAGGGCAUUACUAGUCUCUACCACAAAAUCCACCUAAACGGAUACAAAUUCCUGUACUGCUCAGCACGGGCCAUCGGCAUGGCUGACCUCACCAAGGGGUACUUGCAGUGGGUGAGCGAGCGUGGCUGUGGCCUUCCCAAGGGCCCCAUCCUGCUGUCUCCCAGCAGCCUCUUCUCUGCCCUCCACAGGGAGGUGAUCGAGAAAAAGCCAGAGGUGUUCAAGGUUGCCUGCCUGAGUGACAUCCAGCAGCUGUUUCUGCCCCAAGAACAACCCUUCUAUGCUGCCUUUGGGAACAGGCCAAAUGAUGUUUUUGCCUACCAGCAGGUGGGCCUCCCUGAAUCUCGAAUCUUCACAGUCAACCCCCGGGGAGACCUCGUGCAGGAACUCAUAAAGAACCACAAAUCCACGUACCAGCGGCUCGGGGAGGUGGUUGAGCUUCUCUUCCCACCCGUGGGGCGUGGCCCCAGCACAGACUUGGCCAACCCUGAAUACAGCAACUUCUGCUAUUGGCGGGAGCCACUGCCAUGUGUGGACUUCGAUUGCCUGGCUUGAGCCUGCCCAGGCUAUUCUCCUUGGUCUGACCUAGGCCUGGUGGGGAGCUGAGGACACCAAGGAUUGUAAGACGAGUGCCAUGCCCAACAAAGAGGCUGCACAUUGGUUGGCAGCGAGAGACCCUCCCUUCUCCUUGGAACACAAAUGCUGUAGUCUUCGGUGGAUUACUCAGUACCAGGGCACCUGCCACUACAAGGGGCCAUCUCCUUGAAGAAAUGAAAUAGCAAAACAGUCAUUGCUGAUACAGAUGGCACCAUCAUCGAGUGGGGCUCAGCUGGCUGUGGGGGAGCAUGGGGAGUACCUGGGGACUAUGGGUGUGCCCAGGACCUACCUCCCCACCAGGGGUGGGGCAGCUGCACCAGGCCUAAGUACAGCUCUGACCUCUAACAAUUAAAUGUGUUACUAGGGCCCUUGCAGGAUUCUUUAUCCCCUAGCUCAGUGGUUCUCAACCUGUGGGUAGUGUGACCCCUUCACAGGGGUCACAUAUCUGAUAUCCUGGAUAUUUACAUUACAAUUCAUAAUGGUAGCAAAAUUACAGUUAUGAUGGAGCCAUGACAAUAAUGUUACAGUUGG